AGGCCUCCUUGCUCCAGCUCGCUUUCUUUUCUUUCUUUCCUCCCUUUUUCUGCAGUUCCUCCCUCUUUCAGCUCUUGAGAGCGCGCCUCGGUGGGUGCGAGCGCGAGCCGGAACCAGAGUCCUGGGCCCUUCCUGGAGUUGGUAUGUGCUAGCCGGGCCUCCGGGUGCCAUGUAUUGGAAGAGCGAGCAGAUGUUUGUGUGUAAACUAGAAGAAAAAGACGUGCCCGAACUGGCCGUUUCCUCUGAGAAGUUCCCCAGGCUCAUGUCUGAAGAGUGCGGGCGAACUGCAGCCCUGGCGGCGGGGAGGACACGGAAAGGCGCGGGAGACGGGGGCCUAGUGAGUCCCGAGGCCGCCGCGGACGAAGACUCCUGCUCCUCCUCGGCUCCUCUGUCGCCGUCCUCGUCGCCGCGGUCCAUGGCCUCCGCCCCCGGCUGCCCGCCGGCCAAGUGCGUGUGCAGCAGUUGCGGCCUGGAGAUCGUGGACAAGUACUUGCUCAAGGUGAAUGACCUGUGCUGGCACGUCCGGUGCCUGUCCUGUAGCGUGUGCCGGACCUCCUUGGGAAGGCACACCAGCUGUUACAUUAAAGAUAAAGACAUUUUCUGCAAGCUCGAUUAUUUCAGAAGAUACGGAACGCGCUGCUCUCGCUGUGGGAGGCACAUCCACUCCACCGACUGGGUGCGAAGGGCGAAGGGCAAUGUCUACCACUUGGCCUGCUUUGCUUGUUUCUCCUGCAAAAGACAGCUCUCUACCGGAGAGGAGUUUGCUUUGGUGGAAGAAAAAGUCCUCUGUAGAGUCCAUUACGACUGCAUGAUGGACAACCUGAAGAGAGAAGUAGAAAAUGGGAACGGAAUUAGCGUGGAAGGCGCCCUGCUCUCGGAACAAGACGUCAAUCACCCGAAACCAGCCAAGAGAGCUCGCACCAGCUUCACGGCCGAUCAGCUCCAGGUCAUGCAAGCCCAGUUUGCUCAGGACAACAACCCGGACGCCCAGACGCUUCAGAAACUCGCCGAGAGAACUGGCUUGAGCAGAAGAGUAAUCCAGGUCUGGUUUCAGAACUGCAGGGCGCGCCACAAGAAGCAUGUUAGCCCCAACCACUCCUCCACGGCUCCGGUGACGGCGGUCCAGCCUUCGCGGCUGUCUCCCCCCAUGUUAGAAGAAAUGGCUUAUUCCGCGUACGUGCCCCAAGACGGGACGAUGCUGACGGCCCUGCACAGCUACAUGGACGCUCACUCGCCGACAGCGCUGGGACUCCAGGCCUUGUUACCGCACUCCAUGACGCAGCUGCCCAUAAGUCACAGCUAACUCGUUUGGUUCAGGGAUAGAACUCGUUAAGGCUAUAAUCGGAAGUCAUUUAUUGUGUAUUAAAUAUCACGGAAGAAUAUUAUGGUUCAUUUUUUAUUUAACACCCAAAGCAUCUUGGAGACCUUUUGUUGCCCAGGUACGUACGUAGAGCUGGCCCGCGAGACACUUUGGUUCGUUCUUUUUCUGAGACGAUGUUUACAAGAAGAAGAGUCCGCCCCUUUUUGUAUUGUCGAAGUAGUUUGCUCUAGUUGUGUAUCCGUUAAUUUAUUCGUCAUCGAACGAGCACUUUGCCCAAAAGAGAGGACUGACAAGUGUGCAAAAUGUUUACAGCCCUUUGUGAGACGGUAGCUUCUCCUCUGUUUGUAUCUGUAAGUUAUUGUUCCAAAAUCUGACCUGUCUCUUUGCGUUACCUACGACUUAUACUUUGGAAGUUUGUAGCUGUGAAUUUGCAACUGAGAUUUCUUUUGCCUUCUGGCUUUGCCCCAAGAGAUGAAUAAAGCUUCUGUUGCAGCAUGCCGGGCAGACCCGUGCCCGCCUUCCGCGGGGUGCCCGAGGGGGCUCGCCCGCCGGGCCGACUUAAUUAAAAGUUUUCCAUUCUUGUGAAAUGACCUCGA